GAAUUUAAAGUGCAUAAAGUUAUUGAUUUGUGUGUAAUAAGUAUUUUAAAUACUCCAUCAUGUCAAUGUAUCCACUGUUCUUCGAAUAUGAUCGUCCACAACGGCCACGACCACGGCAGCAUCUAUUGGACCAACAUUUCGGCUUGGGACUAACGCCAAAUGAUUAUCUUACCAUCCUUGCGGUGCCACAAGUUAACAACAACUACUACAGGCCAUGGAGAAACCUUCGAGCGUCCAAUGAAGAUGAAGGAUCAACGAUUAAAAAUGAGAAAGACAAAUUUCAAGUGAACUUGGACGUGCAGCACUUCACUCCUGAGGAGAUUUCGGUGAAGACGGCUGAUGGUUAUUUAGUGGUGGAAGCCAAACACGAAGAGAGGCAAGAUGAGCAUGGAUAUAUCUCUCGAAGUUUCGUAAGGCGGUAUCCUUUACCAGAAGGUAUUGAAGAGUCUUCUGUGACGUCAAAGCUCUCUUCAGAUGGUGUGCUGUCCAUCACAGCGCCAUUGAAAGCCCCGCCUAAAUCUUCAACUGAACGUGUGGUACCGAUCAUCCAGACUGGUCCCGUGAAGAAACAAAUAGAAGGAGAAAAGGCGGAGUAAAGUGAUCUAAAUAAUACUCUAGAUUUAAUUUAAUUUUGUACGUACCUACUUGCUAACUGUGAAGUCUGAUAAUAUAAUAUUUUUGGUAUGAGUAUGUUGUGUCGGAAUGUGUUUUCGUUUAAUAAAUUAUUUCUAGUCAUUA